AAUCAGAAAAUCUUUGCCCCAGCUGGAAAACAAACACAAUACAAUAUGGCGCCGGUUUGUUUAUUUGUAAAUAUGUAGGAGUUAGUGAACUGUCAUUUUCCAAAGAAACACAAUUUUUUGCGAAAUCGGUCUUAAAGUCGGUAUCGUGUUAUGGAUCUUAAUCUGCCCUCCAAACUAAACGAGUACGGAAAUUCUUUUAAACGAACAUGCCGAUUAUGUGGUCGCAUAGGAAGAAGGUUUACAGAUAUAUUUGCGGAGUUACCUACUGGAAAGAACACCUCAUCGGAAUUGUCUGAGUUGAUUCACAGUUGUGUGAAGCUUCAAGUGAAAGAAAAUGAUGGCUUUCCUAAAAAGCUCUGCGGAGACUGCAUGAAAAAAUUAUUUUCUUGGCAACAAUUUUAUAUAAAAUGCUGUGACACACAAAGAAAAUUAGAAAAGAAUUUCAAUUACAGAAUCAAGAGACUGAGUGAAAAUAAUGCAGAGAAUUCAGAUAAUAAGGAAAAUUUGUGUACUGAGUUAGAAUUUCAUUCUGAGAGAAUUAACUCCUCAAAUGAAUCAAAGAAACCAAAGAAGAAUACUUGUGGACCUAAGAAACAAAAUUCAAACAAAAAAUAUUCAGCUGGGUCAAGAAAAGCUAAACGGCAAAAAUGCAAGACUAAGUAUCAUAAAGUAUCAUCUAGUUGCAGGGUUGUUGGUGCAGCUAUUUCAGAUUCUGGUCACACAAAAAGUGCCACAGAAUGUAUUGGUGCUAGUGGUAUAGUACAGAUUAGGACAGAUGAUAAGCAAAAUAUUAUAGAAUCAGCUGAAGAUAAGGGUUCCACUGAGGAUUUAGGAAGCACUACUCUGAAAGAGGAUGGUUAUCAAAAAGAAAGUGAGAAAAAUGUGGGCAAUAUUGAAGCCAUGGAAGUAUCAUUCUCAGGAGUGCCAGGAGAUCCUGUUGAUUCAUUAAACAGGGAUAAAGAUGAUGUUUCCUCGGAGGAAGUAGAAAUUCACUCAGCUGAUCAAUGUAGUGCACAGGGCCAGAGUGAUCCAAGUAGAUUUGCUAGUGAUGAAGAAGAAAUCAAGACACUAAUCUCUGAUAAAAGUAAUUCUGAAAAUAACAGUAAAGAUCCAUCAUCAAAAAAAUCAAAAAUAAAUGAGAAGAGUAUCUACCAUUGUCAUAUAUGUGAGAGAAACAUUUUGCACAAGUAUAGAUAUGAUUUGCAUAUGGCCAUGCAUGAUGAUAAACGUGAAUAUAAAUGUGAUAAAUGUUCCAAAACAUUGAGAAGCAAGUGCUCCUUGAGGUACCACAUGAUGACACAUUCAGAGAACCAUAAUUACUGCUGCCAUGUUUGUGGGCAGCUGUUUCGUAGUGCUUCAUCAUUGUGUAAUCAUGUUCGGUUGCACAGUGAAGCCAAACACCAUGUUUGCUCAUUGUGUGGAAAAGCAUUUCAUCAGAGCUAUUCAUUGCAAGUCCACAUGAGAUCACACACAGGAGAAAAGCCAUAUUCUUGUUCAGAAUGUGGUCACCGCUUUGCUUAUCGCUCCAAACUGAAUUUACACAUUAAGACUGUGCAUCAUCAGAUCAGGAAGAAGAGAUGCAAUGCCUGUGGUAAAGAAUUGCAAAAUGAUGCUGAUUUUCAAGAUCACAUGCUUGCUCAUCAUGGCCUAAGAAAUAUGAAAUGUGAUAUCUGUGGCAAAUGUUUCUUCUCCAAAAACAGCUUGUUUCGGCACCGUAGAUCACAUACUGGUGAGAAGCCAUUUGAGUGUGGAAUUUGUGGGAAACGAUUUGCUGAUUGGAGUAAUCGAAAACGACACAUGGAUCGACAUCAAAAACCAGGGCUGGUACCCAGUCCAGAAUUGCAGGGAACGAAAAGACCCAGUAGUAGGAAAACUGAUUUAGUAAUAAGCAGUGAGGAAGGGAAAGGUAAAACUUAUACAAGCUUAAGGUCAUUUUUAGAAUCUUCAGAAGUAGCAGAGGCUUUAUCUGAUGGUAAAACUGAUGAGCGCAGCAAUUCAGAAGAUGUAGAGUAUUUCACUUUUUUAACAUCAGACAGUAUUGGAAAUGAAAUUCAAGAAACCUUUUUUGUGUCUGAGACCAGAGAGCUGGCUGACUGUGAAAUGGUUCUAAAUGAUACUGUCACUCUUCAUGCAGCUGAAAGUCUGAAUGAUGGUAUUGUCCUUCAACAAGGGACUUCAAACAAUGAGGUUCCAAGUUUUCAGGAAGUAGAUGAUGAUUCCAAUGACCUUGAUGCAUUUCUGGUUUCUAAGAAUGAUGUUUUAAAUGAUGACAUUUUACAAGAAAAUACAGCAAAUUUAGUGGAUGAAAAUAAUAUUCUGCAAGAAGCCAUUGAGGAAUCAGAUAAUCUUCUUGAAGCUUUCCUGGCCAGUGAAAAUAAUGAGCAGCCAAACGACAUUGACAUGAACAUCAUGGGAGACAACUCGGAUGAAUUUGCUGCAGACCCAGAGGAGAAUAUGAAUAUAAUUGAAAUUUCCCUUGCACCCAGUGCAACUGAUUCUGAUCUUAGUGAUACAUUUGGUUCUAAUUUAGCAACCAAAUCUGACCACUUGCUUUUUCCUCAUGACAGUGAUGCUGAAAAAGAUUCAGUUAUUCAAAUGCUCAAUAAUUUAGGAACCAUUGUUAUGUAAAUGUACCAAAAAUUUAUCCAACAUUCCUAAUAUUAUCUAGUCAUACUUAUAUUGAAUUUUUGAUAAAGUGUUUAUAUAUUUGCCUAGUUACAUUCCAUUAUUUUAUAUUUCCCGUUUUUAAAUUAUGUAAUUUAACCACCUACGUAGUCAAAAUAAGUGAUUACAUAUUUUGUUUUCUAGUCACAACAGGGAUAUUAAUGAAAAUGUUGAAAAUGACAGGGAAUGUUUUCAUUUGUGUCCUGUUUCAGAAAUUUGUAUUGGGAGGCAAGCCUGUUAUUUUGAAACAUGUUUAAAAAUUUUAAUAUUAAACCUUGUAAACAACAGAAGUAUGUAAAAAGUCUGGAUAGAAUCAAUUUUUAAGCAAAUAAUAAUCCCAGUGCCUCAGUAUUUUUGCCAUGUCAAAUUUGAGCGAAAACCCUAGCUUACUGUGCCUGUUGUUAUCAACAACUGAUUGGCAUGCCUCCUAUUGCAGUUUCCUUUUAUCAUCAGUAUUCAUUUCAUAACAGCUGACAUACGCUGUAGUGAUGUCACAGUUAUGAUAAGGAAUAACAGUUUUGGUGCUACCAGAAAUUACACCAGUCUUUGUUAGAGCAAUACUACUUAAGUAUCACCACUACAGUUCAGAUAUAAAAACUCAUUGUGUUUCUCUGAACUUCAGGAAAUUACUGUUAAUGGACUGUGUGUUGAAAUUUUUAGUGCUGUUGUAUUCCAGGCUACUCCUUUUGCACCAAAGUCUUCAGAUUGUAGUACAGACCAACCUUACCCUUUGUGUAAUGAUGCCAUAUUUAAUUAGGUUAUUUUACCUCAUUUUUCAAUUUGGGGAAUAAAAUUAUCUUUUGGAAAGGAUUUGGUUGCUUACUGGACAGUUAUCAAAAUCUGUUUUAUUUGUAGGAUUAGAUCCUAUCUCAUAACCUUAUAUAUCUCAGACUAAUUAGAUUUUAUUGCAAAGCAAAUUGCUUUUGAAACCAAAAUUUGAGUUUUCUAAUUGCAGUAUUUUUGCAGUUAUUUAACAGGGCAGAAAGAUGCCUGAUAUUAUUGAUAUGGUACACAGGUCUUCCUAUUUUGGUAUCAUUAUCUCCAUGUUGCUCCAGGGGUUUUUCAUAGACCCCUUCAAUUAAUUUACCCAUAUUCUUUUUAAAAAUGUGUCUUCUAAUAUUGUUACAAUUUCUGAACAAAUCAUUUUUGGAGUUAACAUAUCUUUUGCUGUAGAUGUAUUUCCAGUCCACACCUUGGGAGGCACUUUAUAAGGACCCGAAAAAUUUCACUAUGUAUCACUUCAACUACCUUCCAAAAGUGACACAUCCUAAACAUUGGUAUAGUCUGGGACUGAAUAAUACAGUUUGUAAUAAGGGAUUCAGCAAUUUCACCACAAGAAGAGAAAAAUUUGAGGAGGCUAGAUGUGAUAAUCUUUAGUAUGAAUAGGUGAGGUUUUGCAAGUGACUUUGAGAAUAAAGCCCAGUGGAAGAAUUGCUUUACUUCAAAGUUUGUUCUACGUCUGCCAGUGGUUUCUAUAACAGACAGAGUCAAACUGCUGAAUUCUCUAAGUCCCCAUCAACUGACUGCUACCAGGUCUGAACACUAAGUCUACUUAACUUUCAAGUGCAUCCUGACUGUCUAACUGCUGACUUUUGACUGACUUGGAGCAUUCAGCCCUCAAGUUUUGGCCCAUUUUCCACUAAGAGCCUGUCUCCCAUAGCUUUGACAUGAGGUUGAAGGCUACCCUCAUCUUAAUUGACUGUGAUUGAAGUAAUACUACUCUUUCCAGUCUUGGCAGUGCCCAGACAUUGUGUGGAAGAAGAAGGGAACUCUUUUUCACUAUGAAGGCUGCUUCUCAGCCCUGUCAUUGCCCAUCAUUGAUGUGAUGGUGGCUCCACUAGGACUGUUGAUGUUUUUAAAAAUAUUGGGAAUCAGAUGUAUCAAAUUUUAAAAACAUCAUUAUCGGCCCUUGAUAUAUCGAAAAAAAGUAUUGAUAUGUUGAUGGAAAAAAUAUUGUCCUAAUGGCCUAUAAAAGUAUUGGCAACAUGUUGUAAAUAUAUUGUCAGUAUAGGAGCUGUACAUGUAAGUACUGAUUUAUUAUUAGAUAACCCUUGCAUCAACAAGCUAGCAGCCUGCUUAUUCGCCUUGGAUCAAGAAUUGAGAGGAAAAUGAUGCUUAUUCAUGUAAGUGGCACAAUAAAAGAGUGUCCAAUGUGGUCUGUCGUUCAGUUUCAUCACGUAUCGGAUUUGUCCAUAACACUUUAUGUUGACUUCCCUGUUUUUUUCAUUUCUGCAAACGUCAACGACCUAGCAGUUGCAGCGUUAAAUCUGCGUGGUGAAGCUAAAAGUUUCAGUUACUUUUGGUAGCACUGAGUGCCGAUUAUGUCAGUUUUCCUCUCACACAUCUCCACCCACCGCAAAGGCCAGUCUUGUCAUUUUGAUAUUUGUUCAUCAUUUUCAGCAACUGUUUUUGAAGAAUGCUGAUGUGAAGAAAUUGCAUACCAGUUGCUUGAAAAUUGUUUUCUAAGGCAUCUGAUGUGCUGUUUCUUCACAUUAGAAAUCUUGUUAUCCUAUUCACACCUCAACCUCCCCCAAUGCCAUCCGACUUCUUCUUUGUGCCACCUGCACUUCCUUCCCACUGUCAAAGAGAAAAUUGGACCUGUUGAAAGCUUAGCAGUAAGACUGCUUUACACAGUGAAAGUAAAAUUAUGUUUUACUACAUUUUCAAAAGAACAAGUUCAAAUAUUUACCAAAAAUUGCAAAAAAAUAUAGUAUAAAAUAAAAAUAUUGACCCUCAAUAUUCCCAUUUUGAUAUCAAUAUAGUGUAGAAAAAAUAUCACUGAUAUAUAUAAAUAUAUUUUAGAAAAAACAUCACUAUGUCGAUAUUUUAUCAGCACCCCUAGUCCCCUCUAUAAACCCUCUCCAUUUGUGUCUCACCUUCCACACUCUCUGACUAGCCAGAAUGCUGGCUUCAACGUUAUUCUCUUCAGCAUUAUUCUGUCUUGAUAAUGUUUCUAUGUGGUAAAGUCUCUCUCAUCCAAAUAGACAAUUCUGAUUCACCUGCUGUUUGAGUAAUGCCAAGACUCCAUCUGUUAAAAACCUUGACUGCAUUUCUAUUAUGCAUAGGCUUGAGUGACCUGGUGUCUUGGUGCUAUCUUGGCCUGACUGUUUGAUACCAUGCUUCUAUUGCCAACCACAUGGAGAUGUUCCUCUUUCCAAUUGCUAUUAUGCUUAUUACUUGGCUUUUUCUAGGACUUGGCUGUUUCAUGUGGACAUGACGUCAGUGUAGUAACACGGUUCACGUUUUCCGUUGCACCUCACAUAGUGUAGACCGGGAACUGUCUCCUAGGCCUGCCCGAUGUGAACUGACUUGGCACAGCCCAUGCUGCCUGAGUUGUUGUUGUUGUUCCGCUGGCAGAGGUCGCGACCAAAUUCUUGCGUGCCCUCUGGUGGACGGAACUCUACUUGCGGCAACUACCGUCCGUGACGAAUCGCGCCGAUGUGCGCCUCCCGCGAUCUUUCUGGUGGCUACUGCAGUCAGCACUCAGGUUAUUCUGGCAAAUAUUCAUACUGUUGAUAGUAACCCACCACCCAUAAAGGUCAGAUAGUUUAGAGAGACUAUUUGGAAUUUUACUAACAUUGAUACUGUCUGCCUUACUCUGGUCUGUGAAGAAGUUUUUGAUUAAGGUGCUUUGGAUUUGGAGUUAUUUGCAUGUGGAAAUUGAGUACAGUAAGAGGGCUGUUAGUGUACAGCAGAUUUUCCAAGCCUACCUUAUCAUUAACAGCUGAUGGAAAAGGUCCCCAAGAACAACGAAGCUUAAACAGUUGUAGUAGAGGGUAGCCUAGCUGCUCCAAAAAGAGAUCACGGUUCUCAGAAGUUGUCCAGUAUCACUGCCUCUUUCCUUCUCAGUUUUGCUCUAUGACAUUGUUAGUUUGUAAUCAUGUAGAAUUAGUCUUUUAAGACUGGCAAAGGUAUGAUGUCCAGUGAAAUACAGUAUGUGGGUGUAUUUUUGUGAUACUGCUCAUUAACUGCCUAUUAAAUUAGAAGUGGCUUUUUCUGCUUGAGUUACUGUAAAUUCUAUGAUUUUUGCUAAGUUUCCCAUUAAAAUUGUUUACUUCAACCUAGUGAAUAUUUACUAAACUGUGGCAGGUUUCAGCAUGAUGUGCAUUUGUUUUUCCUACUGUCUUGUUAACACGUGAGUGUGAAUUCAAUAAAGCCAAUAUAGAAUGUCAAUAACAACUACCUUUAUGAAUUUCAACUGCCUUACAAUUUCUUGUAGGCCAUUAACAGCAUGCAGACAUUAGUUGUAUGUGACAUUAUCUGAUCCACCACAGGUCACAUGUAAUCUCUCAUUGUUGUCUUAUAAGAAACAUUAUUUACCAUAGAUAUACUUGGUCAUAAACUAAUACAUUUAUUUUAUUAUUAGUGUUCCAAUAUUUUGUGCAUUUUGAAUGUAACUACUACCCAUGAAAAUUAACUGUUUAUUCUGUCGUUUAAUUUGCUUAGUACAUUUUCUGCUCAGUUUGAUGUGGUGUACUUCUUGUUUUUGCCAUUGAACAAUGAUUUUGACUGGCUUGAGCAUGUAUAAUGUGCAUACUUACUGCAACCAAUUUAUUUCUGGUUGAAUUUCUUUGGCAUGCAUAAAAUUGAGGAGACUUCAUUCCUGCCAAGGACUCUGUUUGUUUUACUGACCACGACUCUGAGAAAGAAGUAGCAUUGUUUCCAGAUCAUUUUAUGUUGGUGGACUAGCUUCAUAGUCAUGUUUAUCAGAGAUUGAUAACUUAAUAUGAUUCUUAUCUGAUCCAUUCUUUUGAAACAUCAUCUCAGAUGUCUUAUUUCAGAAUCUGUAUGAUCCUUAUUGGAAACUGUGUUAGUUCAUUAUAUGAGAGCAUUUUAAAGCAAACAUAGUGAAAACUUUGAGCACUGUUGUUGAAGAAUGUAUGCUUCAGGUUGCAGUAUGCAGAGUCCCAAACCACCCACAUGGUUUAUAGUUAAUCGAAACAUCUAAAAAUCUGAAAAUUUCCUUUCCUCUCUAUCUCUCACCACAUUCUUUUCUGAAAGAAGUACCACUUCUGUGCUGACAACAAGACUGUGUAGAAGUUAACUAUUGGUUGUAAAAGGAGACCAUAAUAGCAGUCAUGAUAGUCACAUGUUUAUAAUGAUGAUAAUGGGAGAGAAAACUUAUAGGUCUUAUUUCUGUUUUAAACAUUAGCCUUGCAUACUACUGAGAAUACUUUGUGUGAAAGAACGUUGUUGCAAAAGCUAUUGUUCUGAUAGAAUCAGCUAAUAACCAACCAAGGCUUUCUCUGUAUGACUCAUCUUCAAUGGUUGUUGAGUGACUUAAACUUUUUUUAAAUGAUUUGAAUUUAUCUAGUUACGACAUGAAUAGUUUCCAGACUAUUUUGACUUAACUUCAUCCAAAUAAUACACAAAUUCUUGAUAACACUUUUGUGUGUCUUUUCAUGGGAAUAAAAGAUAACAGGGUUGCCUCUGUUCAAAUUUUGAAAGGGUUAUGUUGAAUGAUAUAUUCAAUAGAGUAAUGCAAUCUUUGCCAUAUAUUAUUGUAAAUAAUGAUGCAUAUAAUAUAAAACAUGUAAAUUGUAACUUGAAAUGUUGUUAAAAAUCAUUAUCAUUUGAAGAAUUAUGUUUUCUGAAUGUAGUUAUAUGCAAUGAAGAAAAACAAAACACUCUGUGUGGUCAUUCAGAGUUCACAGAUUGUCUGAAUCAUGUCUAGUCUUCUAAUGAAAUAAAAAAUCUAGUCUUCUUCUAUCAUUGCCUGAUAUUUUAUACAAAGUUUAUUAAGUGAAUCUUUAAUUUUAAUAAUGAUGUAAAUAAAAUAGAAAGAAACUUCCACAUGGGAAAAAUAUAUUCAAAAACAAAGAUUCCAAGACUUACCA